UGGGAUUCUCUCAUCUCUCAGGUUUUGAUUCGAACAAUGAUUUACAAGACAAGUCCUGUGCCGGUUGUCAGAGAUUUUCCAGAAGGUUGUAGUGUUUCCGAUUUGAUCAAAGCUAAGUAUAAGAGUAGAACGGUGCAAGAUGAUUCAAAUCAGUCGGAGACUGGGACUUCUGGUGUAAUUGAAGGUUUGGAUAACACAAAAGAUGUUGCAGAGGACGAAACGGUUGAAUCUAAUGGAAGUGGUAAAGGAGAGAGCCGAGAAGAUACACAAAACCAGGAUCUUGAAUGCUCAAAGACAGAGAGAAAGACGAGAUUUGAAAAGAAGAGGAAGUUGAGUUUAUGUGACUCGACAAAGGAAGUUGAGUCAGAUGUUGUGAAUACUCUAAAGAGAGUUAUUGUCUCGGGACUCGCGGCAAGUCGAAACCCCAUUGGUUCAAGAAAGAGGAACACUGAGUACAGGAUUCGUGAUUUAGCACAAUUACAUUUCGUUAUCAUUCGAUUUCUGUCUCCUGAGAGAUUUUUGGUCCAUUCGGUUUGGUCCUCGACACAGUCGGAGAAAGAGAGAGAUACUACUAAACCAGAAUCUGAGCCAAAUUGGGAAAAGAAUCUGAAAUUUCCAAGAAAAAACAUUGGACGGUGGAAGUGGGAACAAGCUCGCCGCCAGAUCGAGAGGAUGAGGUUUGCGUUUGCGUCGACGAGAAGGAGAUUUGUACAUCGGAAUCUUCUCGAAAAAGGUGAUUCUCGAAUUGCUCGUCCCUCAAUUUCCGUUUGCGGUUUCCGUUGCUGGAGACGAGCUUUCUCAGGUCUCAGUGAUGAUUCCAGAGAGAGAUUGAGAAACGGGCUUCGGGAUAUUAAGCUAGACGAUGCCGUUGAUUUGUUCGGUGAGAUGGUAAAGUCUCGUCCACGACCUUCCAUUGUUGAUUUCAGUAAAUUGUUGAGCGCCAUCGCCAAGAUGAAGAAGUUUGAUGUCGUUAUCUCUCUCGGCGAGAAGAUGCAAAUGUUAGGGAUUCCACAUAAUCACUAUACUUACAGUAUUUUGAUUAACUGUUUCUGCCGCCGCUCUGAGCUCUCUUUUGCUUUAGCAAUUCUUGGAAAGAUGAUGAAACUCGGAUAUAAGCCUGACAUUGUCACGCUUAACUCGCUUCUCAAUGGUUUCUGUCGUCACGGUAAGAGGAUUUCUGAUGCCGUAGCUUUGGUUGAUCAAAUGGUGGAAAUGGGAUAUCAACCCAACACCGUCACAUUCAAUACCCUUAUCCAUGGCCUGUUUCUCCACAACAGAGUCUCUGAAGCAGUGGCUUUAGUUGAUCGGAUGGUGCUGAAAGGGUAUCAACCAGAUCUGAUUACUUACGGUGCGGUAAUAAACGGAGUAUGUAAGAGAGGUCAUACUGAUUUGGCUUUGAAUCUGCUCAAGAAGAUGGAAGCGGACAAAAUAGAGGCUGAUGUUGUGAUCUACAGCACUAUUAUGGAUGGUCUCUGCAAACACAAACAUGGAUUUAGACCAAAUGUUGUCACCUACAACUCCCUCAUAAGUUGCCUUUGUAACUAUGGAAGAUGGAGCGAUGCCUCCGGACUACUAAGCGAUAUGAUUGAGAGGAACAUAAACCCCAACGUAGUUACGUUCAAUGCAUUGAUAGAUGCGUUUGUGAAAGAGGGGAAACUUUUGGAGGCUGAGAGAUUGUACGAGGAGAUGAUCCGAAGGUCUAUAGAUCCGGAUACAGUCACUUACAGUUCAUUGGUCAAUGGGUUUUGCAUGCAGAGUCGCCUAGAGGAGGCCAAGCAGAUGUUUGAUUCGAUGGCUAGCAAGGGUUGUCUACCAGACGUGGUGACCUAUGGUACUCUCAUAAAUGGAUUUUGCAAAGCGAAGAGGGUAGAGGAUGGCAUGAAACUCUUUCGUGAGAUGUCUCAAAUAGGAUUGGUUGGAAACACAGUCACUUACACCACUCUUAUUCAAGGCUUUUACGAAGCUGGAGAUUGUGAGAAUGCCCAACAAGUUUUCAAAGAGAUGGUUUCUGCUGGUGUCCCUCCUAAUAUUGUGACGUACAACAUUUCGUUAGAUGGGCUUUGCAAUAACGGGAAGCUAGAGAAGGCAUUGGCCGUAUUCCAAGAUAUGCAAAAGAGUGUAAUGGAACUCAGUAUAUUCACUUAUACUAUUAUGAUUGAAGGGAUGUGCAAGGCUGGUAAAGUGGAAGAUGCUUGGGAUUUAUUCAAUAGUCUCAGCCUCAAAGGAGUGAUGAAGCCUGAUGUUGUAACCUACAACACAAUGAUCUCAGGGUUUUGUGGGAAAGGCUUAAAGGAGGAAGCCGAUGCCUUGUUCAGAGAAAUGAAAGAAGAUGGACCUCUCCCAAGUGACUGUACCUAUAAUACGCUGAUCAGGGCACAUCUUAGAGAUGGUGACAAAGAAGCAUCAGCAGAACUCAUCAAGGAAAUGAGGAGUUACGGCUUCGCUGGAGAUGCUUCAACGAUAAGUUUGGUCGGGAAUAUGUUGUAUGAUGGGAGGUUGGACAAAAGCUUUCUGGACUUGCUUUGA